CCUCUCUCCCAUAUCACUGGUCACAUCAUACAAAUGUCAAAUGUCUAACCUGACAACAGCAUAUUAUUUAUAUUUUAAUAACAAAAACAGAAAUCGUUAAAGUAGAAAAAUAUCUUAUUAAAAUGGCAAAUUCUGACACAAUUCAAGUUAGUUCACUACCUCUUCCUCCUAUGCAAUAUGUAAGUCAAUACACAGAUGAAGCAAUUAGAAGAGGUAGGACUCCAAAACCACCACCACCAAUUCAAGAUACCUAUCAUAUGUUUGGCAAUGCAUUUAAUACUGAAGAGAGCAUUAUUAGACCACUGGAAAGUCAAGGCAUCAAAAGGCUAUAUCCCCUACAUUUUGAUAGAAGAAGGGAACUAAAAAAGUUUAACCAGUCCCUAUUGGCUAAUUUCUUGGACUUACUGGAUUUAUUAGUUAAUUGCCCAGACUCUCCUCGAAGAGCAGAAAAAGUGGAAGAUUUAAGUUUGUUAUUUAUUCAUAUUCACCACCUUCUGAAUGAGUUCAGGCCUCACCAAGCUAGAGAAACUUUGAGAGUUAUGAUGGAAUUACAGAAAAGGCAAAGGAUAGAAACUGCGAACAGGUUUCAAAAACAUCUGGACAGAGUAAUGGAUAUCUUGCAACAAGCUAUCCAAAAUCUCCCAGAACCUAUGGAUUUAGACUCAAAAAUCAUGAUAGACACAGAUUUUUUGAUGCAUAGUGAAAACAGUGAUAACUCAGAAACCUCACAAGAUCCGUGCUAUAUUUUGGACAGGGUUAUGUGUAAUAUAGUAGAUAAUAUGCAAUAAGUUUUAUAUCUUGUUACUAUUAUUAUAUUAUUUAUUUACAUAGCUUCUGUUUUAAGCAGCUAUGCUUUUAAUAAUGGGGUUUUAGUUUUAAAUAUAGUUAUUAUGAUAUUGUUAAAAUGUAUUUCUUAGUAAAUUUUCCAUUUGUAUUAAGUUCAUAGAAUACAGCAAAUUAUUUCAA